AUGAGGGAUGCUAAUGACGAGAGUUCCUUACUGGUCCAAAUUCGAGAGUUCGAAUCUCACCAACAAGAAGACUCCAACCAAGGCCAAGAGGAAAACAGUCCGAAAGCUGGGCAAAAGGGAACCACUGAAGAGAGCCCAUCGACAACAAAUACACCCGACUCGUCGGCACCACCUGCUGCAUUGCCCACAGGCCUACAAUAUAACAUCGAAAAACCUUUUCCGGUGGACGGUGUAAGAACCCCUGUGGGGGACCGACCACGCCCUCGGGGAGAGACAUCACUAUAUGCGGGCGGAGAAAGGUCACCGUAUCCGGGCGGAGAAAGGUCACCGUAUCCGGGCGGAGAAAGGUCACCGUAUCCGGGCGGAGAAAGGUCACCGUAUCCGGGCGGAGAGCGACCAUAUGCGUUUGACAAUGAGCCUUUCGGCAGUUCUUUUGCCGGCUGUGACCGCGCCUGUGGGCGACGUGAGCGACAGCCGGGCCGUCUGUUGGAAUCGACGCCGCUGGAGCCGGUAGCCUUGGACCCGAACGUGUUUGCGUCGUACGCCGUUGGGUCUGGUGGCCACGCUGGAGCGAGACACGUCGGGUCUGCAGGACCCUUGGGGUCUGCAGGACACCCGGGGUCUGCAGGACACCCGGGGUCUGGAGGACACCCGGGGUCUGUCGGGCGCCUUGCGUCUAUAUCUGAGAUCGAGGCUGCUCUGGUUCCAGUUCCGCCGGGUGCAAGAGAGCGGGAGUGGACGGACCAGGAGUCCAAGUGCACGAUGCUGGAGGCGAGAGAGCAAGAAGACGAGCUGACUACCGUGGGGGCCCCUUCAUCUUCGUCUACGGCCACAGGAGCUGUGCGGUACCCCGUGGGUCCGGUGGGCGGCAGUCACGUACUGCCGACGGCACAGGACCUGCGGGUGCCGCAUUACCUCGGUGGGUCUUUCCCAGUGCCGCCGAUGGAUGAACGCCGUUUGCGGUAUGAGGAAUCAGCUAUUCUGGACCCCAGCGCCUGCGUGGUGUUGGACGAAACUCCCUACUACGAGUCCGAAAGCCGGCGUCCUGCUGCCAAGUUCAUGUCUCAAGCGCGUCUUGACUCUCAAGCACGACUUGACGCUCAAGCACGACUUGACGCUCAAGCACGACUUGACGCUCAGGCCCGACUUGACGCUCAAGCACGACUUGACGUUCAAGCACGACUUGACUCUCAAGCACGACUUGACCCUCAAGCACGACUUGACUCUCAGACACGACUUGAUCCCCGGACCCCUCACUACCGCCCUCAGCGUUACUUGGCGGCUAUCCAAGACGACUACAUUUACGACGAACCACAACCCGUGUCGCCAGCCACCAGUCUCGGGACCUCGUAUCGGCCGUUGUCUCAUGACAUGUCUCAUGACUUGUCUCACGACGUGUCUCGAGACUUUUACCUUCGUCAGACGGCGGCUCAAGAUCCGACGGAAUGGCGCGACGAACCAUUGCCUCAGGGUGUUCCGUUAAUUCUUGGGCCCAGCGGGCAGUGGCGACUCUGUCCCAUUACCGAGCCUCCUCCGGUCUACUACGACAGCGCCUGGCGAUAUACUGGCCGGGCACCUGCGAAAAUGACUUCCCGCAGGAGGUACUCCUCCUUGACUCACGACCGGUGGCUAAAUGACGCGGAUCACCGUCGUGACGUGGAUAGGCUGAGUGUGGAUCGACUAAGUCUAGACAGGGUGAAUUUGGACAGACUGAACGCGGAUAGACUGAAUGACAGAACGAGCCCGAUUGGCGCUGAUUCGUUCGACGGCGGCAGACAGACAGAUGGUGGCAGACUCUCAGCUGAAUACAGGCUGGCCGCCGGGGAGUCCCGCGUCGGUGAUUGCCGAAAUGUAGGUGACGCAAGACUCGCUGUGGACCCUCGGGCGUCCGCUCAAGGUCUAAUUGAUGAGUACACUCUGCAAGACUCAAUCCGACAAAGUUCUCACUGGAAUGGUGAUAUGGAUGACGUGGCUCCAAGAAGAAUGAUUGAUGGCUACCGCCGCUGGCGGUAUUGA